AAAUAAACGUUAUUAAUAUGUAUUUUGAUUUAGCGUAAAUUUUCACUAUUCGUCAUGAAACAAAUUUUAAUUCUUACAUCAAUGGAUGCUGAAACCAGAUAUCGCUGAAAUUGAGUUCUACUUUUAGAAGAAGGAGUUUAUACUCUCUAGCGGUGACCUUCGACAGUUUGGGUUUUUUUUCUUCUACAAGGCUAAACAUGAAUCUCAUAAAUUCCUUAUAAAUUCGAAAGUUAAAAAAAGCAAUCAAAAAAGACGUCAGACAAGAGACCGGUCAAACAAACAAGUGGUCACAACCGCAUUCUUCGGACGUGGCCGUCAUCAAACAUAAUACAUUCCUCCUUCGUUUGUGAAGAACAUCGGACGUCUGUGCGUUACAGUGUGAACAAAAUGUUGCGCAUUACAUCAAUACUCCUGCUUCUUGCUGUCUCCUCAAAAACGAUUGCACAAGAAUGCGAAGAGAAAGAUGUAUCAUGUCCUACGUCAUCAGAGUUUAAUCAAGAUACGGAUUGGGAAUCAGCUACUUCAAUCUAUUCCUUCUACGCUAAUGACAUCAACGGCAAGAACGUCUCGCUCGCAAAAUAUCGUGAUCAUGUGCUCAUUAUUGUUAACGUCGCUAGCAAUUGCGCCUUAACAGAGACAAAUUACCAGCAGCUCCAGGAGCUAUAUAAUAAGUACAGUGAGAAGGAAGGCUUGCGAAUCCUUGCGUUUCCUUCUAAUCAGUUCGCUGGCCAGGAACCAGGCACCUCUGAAGAAAUUGUAAAUUUUGUAAAGCGAUACAAUGUAACUUUCGAUAUGUUUGAGAAAAUUGAUGUAAACGGAGAGGAUGCUCACCCACUGUGGAAGUGGCUGAAAACGAAGAAAGAAGGAUUCAUGAUCAAUGCUAUUAAAUGGAAUUUUACUAAAUUUAUCGUAGACAAGCAAGGCAAAGCAGUGGAAAGAUUCGCUCCGUCUGAUGAACCAUUGGCAAUGGAGGAAACUCUGAAGAAAUAUUUCUAAAUUUGUGCUUUACAAUAUUUAUCUCGAUACGUAAUACUCUUACAAUUAGUGUAUUCAUAUCACUAUCAUACUCUUAUUUCUGAUAAGUUCUUUUCUUAUUUCUUAUAAAGAUUUGAAACGUCAUUAUAUACUAUUACUAAUAAAGAGAAUUAGGUUAAAAAUGUAUUUUUUCCCCUGUUAUAUUCUUCACUAAUGGCAUAUGGAAAAAUACGCUGCUCUCGUGGGAUUUAUAAGCAACAAGAAAAAAAAAUAUUGUUUCAUAAGCAUAUUAGCAGUUUUAAGAUGAUUACAAAUGACAAGCAUUCCGAUAAUCAUAUUUUUUUAUAUAUUGAUAAUGAAGUGAAUGAAAUAAACUUUUAAGGGCAGUGCUUUAUUAUAUCUUUUCUUUGAAUUGGUCUUUACACUAAUGUAAGCAUGUUAUUUACUCAAUAAAUGUGAACUGUACAAAA